CCUUGCCCGCCCCCUGCCGCUGCCUCAGCUCCUCAGUGCACAGAGACGCCUCGUCUGAGGGGACGCAAGGAUCGGCCUCACCGCCGCUUCGUCCGGUGCUCGGGGCCCUGACAAGCUGCCUGAGGGGAGGCUCUUCUGAGCCGGACCUGGACCCUUACGAUUGCCGCCUGCUGCUCCUGCCUCCGGGUUUACGAGGGGGUUCCCGCCUUGCACCUCCCACCUCUGGACGUGCCUCCCCUUCUCUCCUCGCGUGUGGAGGGAGCCAGCGCUUAGGCCGGAGCGAGCCUGGGGGCGGCCGGCCGUGAAGGCUUCGCGGGGACCGAUUCGCCAUGGAGGGCGCCGGCGGCGCGAACGACAAGAAAAAGAUAAGUUCUGAACGUCGAAAAGAAAAGUCUAGAGAUGCAGCGAGAUCUCGGCGAAGUAAAGAAUCUGAAGUUUUCUAUGAACUUGCUCAUCAGUUGCCACUUCCCCAUAAUGUGAGCUCACAUCUCGAUAAGGCUUCUGUUAUGAGGCUCACCAUCAGCUAUUUGCGUGUGAGGAAACUUCUGGAUGCUGGUGAUUUAGAUAUUGAAGAUGAAAUGAAGGCACAGAUGAAUUGCUUUUAUUUGAAAGCCUUGGAUGGUUUUGUUAUGGUUCUCACAGAUGAUGGUGACAUGAUCUACAUUUCUGAUAAUGUGAACAAGUACAUGGGAUUAACUCAGUUUGAACUAACUGGACACAGUGUGUUUGAUUUUACUCAUCCAUGUGACCAUGAAGAAAUGAGAGAAAUGCUUACACAUAGAAAUGGCCUUGUGAAGAAGGGUAAAGAGCAGAAUACACAGCGAAGCUUUUUUCUCAGAAUGAAGUGUACCCUAACUAGCCGAGGGAGAACCAUGAACAUAAAGUCAGCAACGUGGAAAGUACUUCACUGCACAGGCCAUAUUCAUGUCUACGAUACCAAUAGUAACCAAUCUCAGUGUGGGUAUAAGAAACCACCCAUGACGUGCUUGGUGCUGAUUUGUGAACCCAUUCCUCAUCCAUCAAAUAUUGAAAUUCCUUUAGAUAGCAAGACUUUUCUGAGUCGUCAUAGUCUGGAUAUGAAAUUUUCUUAUUGUGAUGAAAGAAUUACUGAAUUGAUGGGAUACGAGCCAGAGGAACUUUUGGGCCGCUCGAUAUAUGAAUAUUACCACGCUUUGGACUCUGACCAUCUGACCAAAACUCAUCAUGACAUGUUUACUAAAGGCCAAGUCACCACAGGACAGUACAGGAUGCUUGCCAAAAGAGGUGGAUAUGUCUGGGUUGAAACUCAAGCGACCGUCAUAUAUAACACUAAGAACUCUCAACCACAGUGCAUUGUAUGUGUAAAUUACGUUGUGAGUGGUAUUAUUCAGCACGACUUGAUUUUCUCCCUUCAACAAACAGAAUGUGUCCUCAAACCAGUUGAAUCUUCAGAUAUGAAAAUGACUCAGCUGUUCACCAAAGUUGAAUCAGAAGACACAAGUAGUCUGUUUGAUAAACUUAAGAAGGAACCUGAUGCUUUAACUUUGCUGGCACCAGCUGCUGGAGACACAAUCAUAUCUUUAGAUUUCGGCAGCAAUGACACAGAAACUGAUGACCAGCAACUUGAGGAAGUUCCAUUGUAUAAUGAUGUAAUGCUUCCCUCAUCCAAUGAAAAAUUACAGAACAUAAAUUUGGCAAUGUCUCCAUUACCUGCUUCUGAAACUCCAAAGCCACUUCGAAGUAGUGCUGACCCUGCACUCAAUCAAGAAGUUGUACUAAAAUUAGAGCCAAAUCCAGAAUCACUGGAACUUUCUUUUACUAUGCCCCAGAUUCAAGAUCAGCCAGCUAGUCCUUCUGAUGGAAGCACUAGACAGAGUUCACCUGAGCCUACCAGUCCCAGUGAAUAUUGUUUUGAUGUGGAUAGUGAUAUGGUCAAUGAAUUUAAGCUGGAAUUGGUAGAGAAACUUUUUGCUGAAGACACAGAAGCCAAGAAUCCAUUUUCCACCCAGGACACUGAUUUAGACUUGGAGAUGUUAGCUCCUUACAUCCCAAUGGAUGAUGACUUCCAGUUACGGUCCUUUGAUCAGUUGUCGCCACUGGAAAGCAGUUCUACAAGCCCUCAAAGCGUGGGCACAAUUACAGUAUUCCAGCCGGCUCAAAUGCAGGAGGAACCUCCUGUUACCACUACCAGUACCACUGCCACCACUGAUGAAUUAAAAACAGUGACAAAAGAUGGUAUAGAAGACAUUAAAAUACUGAUUGCAUCUCCAUCUCCUACCCAUGUACCCAAAGUAACUACUGGUGCCACAACAUCACUGUAUGGUGAUACUGGAAGUCGGACACCCUCACCAAACAGAGCAGGAAAAGGAGUCAUAGAACAGACAGAAAAAUCUCAUCCAAGAAGCCCUAAUGUGUUGUCUGUCACUUUGAGUCAAAGAACUACCAUUCCUGAAGAAGAACUAAAUCCAAAGAUACUAGCUUUGCAGAAUGCUCAGAGAAAGCGAAAAAUAGAACAUGACGGUUCACUUUUUCAAGCAGUAGGAAUUGGAACAUUAUUACAGCAGCCAGAUGAUCGUGCAACUACUACAUCACUUUCUUGGAAACGCGUAAAAGGAUGCAAAUCUAGUGAGCAGAAUGGAAUGGAGCAAAAGACAAUUAUUUUAAUACCCUCUGAUUUAGCAUGUAGACUGCUGGGGCAAUCAAUGGAUGAGAGUGGAUUACCACAACUGACCAGUUAUGAUUGUGAAGUUAAUGCUCCUGUACAAGGCAGCAGAAACCUACUGCAGGGUGAAGAAUUACUCAGAGCUUUGGAUCAAGUUAACUGAGCUUUUUCAUAAUCUCAUUCCUUUUUUUGGACACUUGGUGGCUCAUUACCUAAAGCAGUCUAUUUAUAUUUUCUAUAUCUAAUUUUAGAAGCCUGGCUACAAUACUGCACAAACUUGGUUAGUUCAAUCUUGAUCCCCUUUCUACUUCAUUUACAUUAAUGCUCUUUUUUAGUACGUUCUUUAAUGCCAGAUCACAGACAGCACGUCUUCACAGUUCCUUGGUAUUUAAACCAUUACAUUGCAGUAGCGUCAUUUUUAAAAUGCACCUUUUUAUUUAUUUAUUUUGGGCUAGGGAGUUUGUCCCUUAUCGAAUUAUUUUUAAUAAGAUGCCAAUAUAAUUUUUGUAAGAAGGCAGUAACCUUUCAUCAUGAUCAGUUUGAAAAAUUCUUACUCCGUUUUUUCACAUUUUACAUACACAAUAAUGAUUUGCCAGCAGUACAUGGUAGCCACAAUUGCACAAUAUAUUUUCUUAAAAAAAUACCAGCAGUUACUCAUGCAAUAUAUUCUGCAUUUAUAAAACUAGUUUUUAAGAAGAAAUUUUUUUUGGCCUAUGAAAUUGUUAAACCUGGAACAUGACAUUGUUAAUCAUAUAAUAAUGAUUCUUAAAUGCUUGUAUGGUUUAUUAUUUAAAUGGGUAAAGCCAUUUACAUGAUAAAGAAAGAUAUGCAUAUAUCUGGAAGGUAUGUGACAUUUAUUUGGAUAAAAUUCUCAAUUCAGAGAAAUGAUCUGAUGUUUCUGUAGUCACUUUGCCAGCUCAAAAGAAAACAAUACCCUAUCUGUAGUUGUGGAAGUUUAUGCUAAUAUUGUGUAAAUGAUAUUAAACCUAAAUGUUCUGCCCACCCUGUUGGUAUAAAGAUAUUUUGAGCAGAUUGUGAACAAGAAAAAAAAAUCAUGCUUUGUUAGCAAAAUUGCCUAGUAUGUUAAUUUGCUCAAAAUUUGAUGUUUGGUUUUAUGCACUUUGUCGCUAUUAACAUCCUUCUGUUUUCAUAUAGAUUUCAAUAAUUGAGUAAUUUUAGAAGCAUUAUUUUAGAAAUAUAUAGUUGUCAGUAAACAUCUUGUUUUUCUAUGUGCAUUGUACAAAUUUUUCAUUCCUUUUGCUUUUUGUGGUUGGAUCUAACACUAACUGUAUUGUUUUGUUACAUCAAAUAAACAUCUUCUGUGGACCAGGC